AUGGAUAUGGAGAUGGAGGAGCCCCUGGGGGCGGCUAUCAACUCCAGCACCAACAGCAUCUCCAGCUCUCUUUUACACAACCACAGGGUGUCAGACGGUACAGGGGCACACACUCUUCGAUCCCAGACCGUAUCCCAAGGCUCACGGCUCACCUCCAUCUCCAACCCUCUAUCCACAGCCCAUAUCCCCCGCAGGACAUCUAACCACACCAGUCCCCCCUUAGGGCUGCUAUUGACUCAGCACCUGCAUAGCCUCCAGCCCUCUUUUACACAAGGCAACGCAAGCCCAUACACCCCCACACCUCCUCCACCUCCAGCCCCUAUCCACAGUCCCUACCUCCCUGCACCUCCUCCAUCCCCAGAACCCCUAUCCCCCUGCACCUCCUCCAUCUCCAGCCCCUACCUCCCUGCACCUCCUCCAUCCCCAGAACCCCUAUCCCCCUGCACCUCCUCCAUCUCCAGCCCAUAUUCACAGCCCCUACCCCCCCACACCUCCUCCAUGUCCAACCCCUAUCCACAGCCCAUAUCCCCCUGCACCUCCUCCAUCUCAAGCCCCUAUCCACAGCCCAUAUCCCCCCACACCUCCUCCAUCUCCAGAACCCCUAUUCCCGCACACCUCCUUCAUCUCCAGCCCCUAUCUCCAGCCCCUAUCCCCGCACACCUCCUCCAUCUGCAGCCCCUAUCCACAGGCCAUAUCCCCCACACCUGCUCCAUCUCCAGCCCUUAUCCCCCUUCACCUCCACCUCCAGCCCCUAUCCACAGCCCAUAUCCCCUGCAGCACAUUCAGCUUCACCGGCCCCAGGGGAUGCUAUCGAUCCAGCAGCACCUCCAGCUCUCUUUCACACAUUCACAGGGUGUCAGACUGUGCAUCUAG